GUGCAAUUCCGAUAUCGAUGCGGAGAGCACGACAUACAUGGACGCUAUUGUUGUACCAGAGAAAAUGUGGGGUAAGUUUGCCGGACGGGCAGAGGAGAGGGAGGUGAUUUCAUAAUCUGUUUUUAGUUUGGUUGUUGGUUUUAUUUUUGUCUUUUCUUAUCUAUUUCUUUGCCCAUGGACUUGCAAGUUCGAAGCUCGAGUUCAUCGUCGUUGUCAACGUUGUUAUCACUCUCGAAGUCUUGGGUUUUCAAUCUUGAGUAAUUCCAAAACUUUCACGCUGGUGGUCCUGGGGUUUGAUUCUCUCCUCUCUUUCCUUCGAGAGUUCAAUUCUGUGACGUAAACAGAGCUUCCACACAAUGCCCUUCUCCAACUUCCUCACUUCCAUAUCCUGCGGUCUCCUCAAUCCUAAGCACAGAACCAAGCACGAGAACCCAAUUCCCACAACCGGCCACCCACCAAGGUUCGACGAUGACCAUAAAAGAACCCUCUCCUCCUCCACCACAUCCCAAAGAUCGCUAGUCCUCCAACCUCGAAUCCCACAGGGACAAUUAAAACUGGACAGUGAACAAAAACAAGAUAUCCCCAUUCCUUCAACCUCGCCUGUCACGAGUACAAUUCCAGCUCAAACACAUGUACAACCAAGGCCACCAUCAAAUCCAGAAUCACAAGAGGUCACCACCCGGAGAGUAAAUAGAGCCCUGGCGGUAGUAGCAAAACACACAUAUGCACUAAUACACCAUCCCUUCCCAGAAAUUCAGCAUGAGAAGGAAGUCAUUAUCUUGAAUCGAGCGACGGGACUCAAUCCCAUCGAUUACAAAUCGGUGGAUUGGAAUUUUUGUAUGCCGGCUUUUCCGUGGGUUAAUGGGAGGGAGAUGGCGGGUGUUGUGUAUGAAGUGGGGAGUGAGGUAGUGGGUGUUAGGAGGGGGGAUAGGGUUUGGUGUAGUAAGUUUUAUUCUUCCUUCAUUUACUGUUCUGAGGUCUUGGAAUUUUUACAUUUUAUAUCCUGCUUGAAGGAGGGAAAGGAAGAAGGAAAAAUGGAAAGGAGAAGGGCUAAUGAAGUAUAUAGGUACAUACUACCGCGACUCCCGCGCAGGAACCUUCCAACAAUUCGUUACAGUUCCUUCCCACACCGUCCUCCCCAUCCCCCAGAAUCUCACUUUCGAACAAGCCUCCUGUCUCGGAGUCGCGGGUCUCACAGCCGCAAUGACACUCUGGAAGUGGUUAGAAGUUCCCCUCCCAUCUCUGCUUCCGAAUGAAGAACCACCCCCUCUCAAAAUAAGCGAGACCAAAAGCCCAAAUCAAUACAUGAAGCAAAACACAAAUCAGAACGAGGACGCGAAUAAAGACAAAGACACCAGACCAACCCUCCUCAUCUGGGGCGGCUCAACAACAACCGGCCAAUUCACAACCCAACUAGCCCUCCUCUCCCACCACCGCGUCCUCGCCGUAACAUCCUCCCGCACCGCACCCCUCGUCCGCUCCCUCGGCGCCGAAGUCAUAAUCCGGGACCACAAAUCGCACGCCCAGAUCGUAUCCGAGAUCCUCACACUCUCCUCCAACAUCACACUAGCAAUCGACCUCGUAGGUCCCGACACCGCUCAGGCUUGCUUAGAUUGUUUUUCCCUGUCCGGGGGGAGGUGUAUAUUCGCCCCGCUAGCGAUGAUGAGGGAUGGGGAUAGGGGUGUACGGACGGAUGUGGAGAUCGUUACGGUGGAGAUGAAGAGGUUUGUGAAUGAUGCCGGGGAGAGGCGGUGGGCGGAGNAUGAGGGAUGGGGAUAGGGGUGUACGGACGGAUGUGGAGAUCGUUACGGUGGAGAUGAAGAGGUUUGUGAAUGAUGCCGGGGAGAGGCGGUGGGCGGAGGUGUUGAAUGGGCUUGUGGGGAGUGGGAGGAUUGUGCUUCCUGAGAUGUGUGUUUUGGAUGGUGGACUUGGGGGUGUUGUUGCGGGCUUGGAGAGGU